AUGAAGGCCCUAUCCACCGCUCCGCCGGCCGAGACGGUACGGGCGCGAAAGGCGUUGCUGCGUGACGCGAUCGCCGCCGCGGCCGAAACCCUGACCAAUACACCGACCGUAUGCCGCAAGAGCUACGUGCACGGUUCGGUGAUCGCGGCGUUCGAGCAGGGUGCGCUGCCUGAAACAGCUGGCAGCCUCGAGGGCGCGGCGAAGGCGCUUGCCCGGGUGGUGGCACGCCAUCGCUGA